CUCUUCUACUAUCUCCAUCUCUUCAAAGGGUCGGGCAUCCUCUCCUUCAAUUCUUCAUUCAUUCGCUCAAAUCGCUCGGCACGAAGCUACGCUCACAUCGACAUCCACCUAAGGCUCAACUCUGUCCGCCAUGUACUUCCAAUCUUCAAUUCUUAUUACUGCUCUCGCCGGCCUUGUUGCAGCUGGUCCUAUCGAGACACGCCAGCUCGGCGUUGGUGAAACUGGCACUACGUCAAAGGAGUUUUCCCGGGGUGGAUGCAGAGAUAUAUUGUUUGCCUGGGCUCGCGGAUCAACUGAGAUCGGUAACAUGGGCACCGUUGUUGGCCCUCCGACCUCAGAUGGACUGAAGCAGAAUUUCGGCGCCAACGCUGUCGCAACCGAGGGUAUCGACUAUGCUGCCACAAUCGGCACGAACGCCAUUCUUGGAGGCACAGACUCUGUUUCGAAGAGGUCCAUGCAGGACACCCUCAACUCUAUGGCGCAGAAGUGCCCUGACUCGAUCAUCGUAGCUGGUGGCUACUCUCAGGGCGCUGCUGUCAAUCACCGCGCCAUCGAAGAGCUCGACACUGCAGUCCAGGAUCAGAUCGCUGGCGUCGUCCUUUACGGCGAUACCCAGAAGCAACAGGACAACGACCAGAUUCCUAACUUCCCGAGAGAUAAGGUCAAGAUCAUCUGCCAGGUCGGAGAUGCCGUCUGCCUCGGUCAGCUGCUCGUUCUGCCAGCCCACUUGACGUACGGUGCGCGUGCUGAUGAGGGUGUCAACUUCCUAGUCCAGCAGAUUAAGGGGGCGCAGGCGAAGGUUAAGGCCAGGAAUGCGAAGCGCGAGGCAGCGAAGAGGGCUGAGAGCUUGGUUGCCAGGGUCAAGAAGGACGCCGCUUCCCUUGUGGCAUGAUGGUGUUGACACUUUAUGAGGUGUCGGUGGUUCCAGGUAGCCGGACCAAUGCGCUGUGCAGGCCACAGCAUCAAUCUCUCGAGUAUGAGUACCUUUUCUCAUUCUUGCUUCAUCUUCAGUUCCUUUUCCUAAUUGGGACCUUGCAGUCUUGAAUUUAUUGAUGACAUCAUAACAUCUCUUCUCGACCGUUGACUUACCUUGCC